AUGCUCGACGAUAAAGAGUCGAGACCGAAGGGUCCUCCGUCGAGAGGUUCGUCUUUCUACAUUGAGAAUCUGCUGCGGACUGCACACAGAGGGGCUUCGUCCGAGGAGCGCGUGGAGAGCGCGAGCUCCAAAGUUACCGUCCACAGACCGGUGAUCUGCCCGGGACAGGAGUCAAAACGUCUGGACGGCAGCGAAGUGCUAAACUGGAGCGGGACAUCACCAAACACAGUGCGCGGCACCUCGAGAAGUCCACCGUACAAAUAUGAACAAACUGUGACAACGAGCGACCGGGAUUCCCCAACUCUAACGGGACGGGCGGAGUCCGAUGAGCCGGAGGAGAAGGGGGACGAUAGUCUGACGGACGACAGAGAGGACGACGACGCGCGCUCCUCCUACAGCUGUGAUACAGCUGACAUGAAAGUGGCGCGCAAGAAGAAGACCCGCACCGUGUUUAGCCGGAGUCAGGUGUUCCAGCUGGAGUCCACUUUCGACCUGAAGCGCUACCUGAGCAGCUCGGAGCGAGCCGGGCUGGCCGCCUCGCUGCAGCUCACCGAGACCCAGGUGAAGAUCUGGUUUCAGAACCGCAGGAAUAAGUGGAAGAGGCAGAUCGCUGCCGACAUGGAGGCCAGCAGCGCCGGCGUCCCUUACCCAGCCCAGAGGGUCGUCAGAGUUCCCGUGUUGUAUCGCGAGAACGUCACAGCGCCAAUGACGCUGACCGGCCUGUCUCAAGUGACGCCACCGAUGGUGGGCUUCUCCAACGCCAUCAACUAUCCAUUGACUUCCCACUUCACCCACCCGGUGUCGUUCCUAACGCCACGGAUGACUGGGCUGGUGUGA